GACGGAGAGCUCCGAACACGACUGGACAGCUAUGUACACACAGUUUCGCGUCAGCCACGCGCUGGGCACUGUGCCUUACCGAUGGGACCAGGCAGGUCCAGAUGGUACGCCCUACAUGUCAGCAUCUCUCCUGGAGGCACGCUUCCUAGAUCCACUGCCCGUGGUUGUGGCAAGAGGAGCACUAUUUGCUGAUGCUUCUGUGGAGGGCAGUGUGAAGGCACAGCUGGUAAAGGAGCGGCUGGAUCUGAAGAUAGAGGAACCUCUCAUGAAACAGCUCGGGGAGCAGGGCAAGGCGCUUCUCAUGCAGGAGUCCGAGACUGAAUGGGAGCUCAUCUUCAGCCAUCAACAUCUUUCCACGCUGCCACAUCAGACGCGGGUGGUCGCGACGUUUAAACGCAGUCCGGCGCGUCCUAUCACCUCUAGCUGGGAAACACCGGAUGAGGGUGCCAUGAAGUAUGCAGACGACGAGCUCCUCAUGGAGACGCUUCGGGAUCUCGGAGAAGUUCUGCGUGAGGAGAUACCAGACUUUUGA